AUGACUGAUAAACAAAACAAUCAUGGCUCCCUCGCCAAACCAUUCACCCCCACGCUCAGCGCCGCUUUUCACCGCAACCGCGCGCCUUUAACGCCUAAGCUCGCCAGUCCAGGCGGUCAUCCUGCAGCGCGCCGUCUCGCCAAUGAUCAACCUUUUACCCCUUCCAAAGACGAUUCCCCCGCCGUCCAUCCAUCCCUCCUCAGUGCCAACAUCACCCCACGAUCAGGUUCACGAACCACUCGCCGUGAUGCUACAUUUCCUUCUCCAACAAGUACCUCCCCGGCCCCGUCGCCGCAGCCUUAUACUCAACCCCCGGUCGGGUUCGGGCUGGCCGCCCCUCGUCGAACCGAACGCAGCCCGGCUCGCGGGGUGAAGCCGGAGCAGUCGAGGAGCUUGAGAGCAAAGACUCUCACUGCGGAGGGACAACAGCAACAGCUUUCGCGCCCGAAUUCUUUUACGGAUAUGGCAGGGAGCUCCCCUCGAUUCUUUCAUGCCUCCGACGCCCGCUCAACAACCUCCUCCGAAGUCGAUACCUCCCGCCCGAAGCCUAACAAGGCCCCUUCAGUUGCGAGCUUCGUGUAUGCGAACGGCAACCAAGAACGACAGACCGCGUCAGAUGAAGCUCUAUCAACGACCUCUAGUCGACGCUCAGGGGGUCCGGGAAGUCUUCCGCGCCCCGCACCUCCUGCCAGGUCGAUAGUCUCACCCUCACCGCGCCUCCGAUCUCCCCGACCAUCCGACGCGACAUCUCCCCCUUUAUCCGAAAAACAAGUCACAUUCAGUCCCAAUUUAGAUCAUGGAAUCGAAGGUGUCUUGCAUGGCUUCUCCCCUACUCCAAAUUAUCAUCCCGAUCGACAACAAUCUCCCUCUCUCCCACUUCCACGACACCGAAAGUCUUCCAGUAUAGGCUCUUCGAGCCAAGGCACAUAUGAUGGUCUUAAAGCCAGUCCGAUCAUCGUGUCUAGCACGUUCAAUUCCGAGAAUACUCCGCCCAUGAUGUCCGAGCAAAUUCCAACCCUUCGCCCUCGUGUCUUCAGCAAUGGCUCCUCUAUCUCCAACGAUCCGCUCCCCCAUAUGCCCAUGAGUCCCGGAGUACCACAUUUGCCUAUGUCAAUGAGCCCAAGUAAUCCGCAUUUGUCGAGGCCGAUGAGCCCUGGAAAGUCGGAAAGUGGCGGCGAGGUGCUCAAUGCGCGGACGGAGCGUAAGAUCAUGGACUUGGAAAUCAGCAAUUCUUCUCUUCUCGCCAUCAACCGGACGCUCGAGCGUGAAAUGCGAAAGCAGAAUGCAGAGCUUCGGAGGUUCCGCCGUCUCAGUCGCUCAGGACGUCUCUCAAUGGCCCCAUCGACCCGCUCGUUCUCGGGGGUGACGAUGUCAACCACUAGUGAAAUCGAUGGAGAGGUCAGUGAAAUGUCUUCCGAGAUGUCGGAAGUGAGCGACGAAGACUCCGUUGCAGAUGAGGAGGACAUGACCGCCGACUCUCUUGCGGAGCACGAUGCGAAACACCGCGCCCAUGACGAGAAGAAAUUUAUGCUUGACCUCGCAAAACAUCAGGAACUGCUAGUCGACAGCCAGAAAAUGAACCAGAGUCUUAAACGUUGCCUGGGCUGGACCGAAGAGCUCAUCAAAGAGGGCCAAAGAGCCCUCGAAUAUAGUGUCCACGUUCAGGACAUCGAAUUGGGCGGCCGUGUUCUCGCGCCAGAAGAGCUGGGCGAAAUUGGCCCAAGUGGACGUGCUCUACUCAGCCCCUCGACAGAAUUCUCAGUCGCUUUCCCAUCUAACGACACCUCCUUUGAUACAUUCUACGAACCCGACCCUGCUACACUCCCUUUGCCUUCGUCUCCUGGUGGGACGGACUAG